CCCUCUCAACCCUCACCAAGCACAUGCCCCCUCUCGAGCGCCGGCGCCCGGGCUGGCGCCUCCUCCCGGGCCUUCUACUCCUCGCCGCCUCGGUUAUUCUGGGCCUCGCGCGCGCACAGCAGCCCCCCCGGCCCAUCAGCGCCAACUGCAAUGGCCCCGGCGAGGCCCGCAACGGGGGCUACUGCUUCCCCGGCCUGCGGCGCUGCCUUCAGGCCCGCUACGAAGCCGGCGACCUGCGGUGCCUGCAGUACAGCCACGAAUUCCGCCUGGUCGACGGAUACGCCUACCUGGACAGCGAGCUGCCCGACAAGGCGGUGUCCAGCACGGGCCUCGUGCAAAUCGGCCCGGCCGAUUGCUGGAACGUCGUGCCCGGCAACCACAACCAGUGCGCGGUCUGCCGGUUCCAGGCCGCCGGCCAGGGCCUCUGCCGGCCGGGCCCCCUGGAGCUGCCCGGCUGCCUGGCCAUGGCCCACCCCCACCUGAAUGAAGAUUGCGCCCAGUGCGCCCCGGGCCACUGGCUGACCCUCGACCGGGGCUGCGUCAGCGACUGCCCCACCCCGGGCAAUGUCCGCUGCGGGGCCCACUGCAUCCCGCGGCACCUGGUCCCGGACACCUUCGACUGCGAUGCCUGGCCCAUGGCCCGGCCGGAGGUCCCCAGCACCGACGACACCCCCGGCCGGCCGGAGCACGCGCACCUCCUGAAGUGCAGCCGCCCCGGCAUCUGCUUCGAGUGCCACGCCUCGUGCGACGAGUGCGCCGGCCCCGGCCCGAAGGACUGCACCCGCUGCCCGGCCGGCCGCCUGCUCCUGGCCCACAGCUCCAAGACCUUCCCCCAGGGCCCGGUCCCGGUGGGCGCCUGCACCCGGCCCUACCGGGCCAACGGCGACCCCGACGCCCCGGUCACCUGCCCGGCCACCACGGUCCAAACCGACGCCGGGGCCUGCCUGCCCUGCCGGCCCAAUUGCCGCCAGUGCGACCCCACCGACCCGGCCAUCUGCCUGGCCUGCAUGCGGGGCUUCUUCGCCCGGCCGGAUGGCACCUGCGGCGACACCUGCCCACUGGGCACGGCCCGCGACUCGCCGGCCGGCCGGUGCACCCCCUGCACCGACCCCAAGUGUGCCCAGUGCGCCAGCGAAGACCCCGGCAUCUGCCUGGCCUGCAAGAGCUCCGCCUUCAACCUGCACGACAACAACUGCCUGCACACCUGCCCGGCCACCUUCUUCCACAACAAGGGCGUGUGCAUGCCCUGCGUGGCCGGCUGCGCCCUCUGCGACGAUGGCUUCUCCUGUUACCGCUGCUUCCCCUCCUACCGCCUGGAGGUCGACGACUGCUACUCCCCCUGCGGCUCGCGCGCCACUUGGGACUUCGACCUGCCGCCCGCGGAGCAGGGCUGCCGGCCGUGCCACGAAAACUGCGACACCUGCACCCUCUACACCAACAACUGCACCUCCUGCAAGUCCGGCAUGUACCAGGUCAUGCCCCGGGAGAAGGGGGCCCGCGUGUACUGCGCGGCCCAGUGCCCGGAGGGCUUCUUCCUCGACAACAACCGCCGCUGCCAGCCCUGCCGCGACCCCAACUGCGCCACCUGCACCAGCAACACCAAUUGCACCGCCUGCAAGUUCGGCCACGCCCUGGUCCAGGGCACCCAGUGCUUCGCCACCUGCCCGGAGGGCUACUACAAGCACUCCAAGCAGUGUCUCCCCUGCGGCGGCGGGUGCGGCACCUGCAGCACCGGCCUCGGCGUCGGCUGCCUCCAGUGCACCGCCAGCCCCCUCAGCAUCCCGCGCGUCAAGGAACUCCACCCGGGCUCCUUCGAUGUGGCCCCGCCCGCCCGGUGCACCGCCGACGCCCUCACCCAGCCCGGCUGGGGGCUCUUCUACCAGACCCAAAAGGCCCGCUAUGCCGUCCCCUGCCCGGCCCAUUGCCUCAGCUGCUUCGUGCGCCACCCCCACGACCCGGCCCAGCGCACCGUCCAGUGUGUGGCCUGCGCCCCGGGCCACACCCUCAGCGCCGAUGGCCUUGCCUGCCCGCCGUCCCCCAGCAGCACCCCCGACGAAUGACCCGGCCCGGGCCACGGCGGCCGCCGGGGACCGAGGGCGACAUGCGGCCUCCCCGGCGGAAUGUCUCCCCGCCCUCCCGUUGCAGGGCUCCCUCCCUGGUGCCAAGCAGGCAGCCGGCCUCCCGGUCGCCUCUUAGCCACGGAC